AUGGAAACAAACUACUGCAAACUAGAAACUGAAGAUGGUCUUCUAGAAGAUAAUGCACAAUAUAGGCAAGCAGUAGGGGCAUUAUUAUAUAUUGCAACAACUAGCAGACCGGAUAUAGCAUGCGCUGUCAAUCUACUGAGUAAAAGAAACGAAAAACCUCGGAACAUAGAUUGGAAUGCUGUCAAGAAAGUCAUUCGAUCCUUAUAUACAACUAAAGACUUUGAGCUGGUCUUUAAAAAAAUUCAAGAACCUAUAUUAACUGCAUAUUCAGAUGCAGAUUGGGCAAAUGACAGAACAACAAGAAAAUCUAUCAGUGGAUACAUAUUCAAACUAUUAAAUAACUGCAUUUCAUGGAGCAGCAAAAGGCAAAAUUGCAUUGCACUAUCUUCAACUGAAGCAGAGUAUAUUGCAGCAGCUAAUACAGCACAAGAAGCACAAUGGCUGUUAAAUUUGCUUAAAGAUCUAGGACUAAAAUCUGCCGUUUACUCUCUAUGA